AUGAAACAUAUGAUGGAAUCUGUUGACGGCCCAACCAAUGGUCCACGGGCUUACAAAGGUCCCAUCGGUCGACAGUUACCUGAUUGCCACCUUUUGCCCGUCGUAAACUUUGCUGCUAUUCCCGUGGAACUUCCCUCUCUAAGUGUUCCGGACCUGAGCACCGACCAGACGUACUUACUGAAAAUGUCACAUGCGGUAGCUAGCGGUACUGUUCCUCCUGAGGUCGCAGAUUUAAAGCCCGGGCCCUUGAACCACGCAAGAUGGCUUACUCUUGCUUGUCGCUUAAUGCGGUGUUACGUGGCGACAGAAGCCCCGACAGAGGCGUUAGUGACACUGGUGACAUUUGUUAUGAGAGUCUACGUUCCACAGUGGUUCGAUGUCAAGCAGAGGCCUUCUUGUACCGACGGAGCACGUCACUUUUUCAAAGCGAUUGAGCGAACAAGGUUUGUAUUAUUUAAAAUCAAAAGAACACUAUGGCAACAAUUUCUGCGGGACUUAUACUAA